AUGGAAGAGGACAAAUUUAACAGAUUGCAUAUUACUCCAAAACCUACUAAUAGCAAUAGCAACAAUAACAAUAAUAUUGGCAAAGGUAAUUAUCAUAAAACAAACACUCUCAAUACUGAUGGACAGCAGCAAAAGAACUCAUCUAUUAUGUCAUCACCUUUAUUUCUAGCAAAAUCCCAAUCUGUAAAUACUAGUCAGCUUCAUGCCAAUAUUACUAAUGGUUACCAAUUUAACCAUCAUCAAUUACAACACCAAGUAUCGUUACAGAAUAUGCGUCGUUCAUCCACAAGUAGUAAUUCUUCAAUCAAUUCAAUAUCAUCGACGUCCACCGGUGGUGGGACGUCAGCUAUACCUUGCACGUCAAAUAAUAGUAAUAGUAUUAAUACUUGCAUUUCAAACAAUAGUACUAGCAAUAGUACUAGUAAUAGCAAUAGCAAUAGCAAUGGCAAUAGCAAUGGCAAUAGCAAUAGCAAUGGCAAUAGCAAUAGCAAUGGCAAUAGCAACGGCAACAACAACAACAAUAGCAUCAUCAUUAACAACAACAACAACAACAACAACAACAACAACAACAAUAGCAACAGCAACAGCAACAGCAACAACACUAACAGUAGCAAAAUUAAUGCAAACUUGCAGGCUAGAGUGUUAGCAUUUCAGGAGCAAAGACAAUUAAAGAGAAGUGGUAGUACAAGUAGUACAACGUCCAAUAAAUCAAAUAUUAAGGAUAACAUUGGUAAUACUAAUAUACAGGGUAAAAACUGUAGUGUUUAUAGAUCUAUAUCUUCUUCCUCCUCAAAUUCUCUAGAGACUUUACAGCCAGUUCAACUGUCUGUGCCUCAAAUAGAGAUAGGUCCGCCUCCAAUUGUUGUUGAAGAUGUGAAUAAGAUUAUCAAUAAGCCAUUACCUCCUUUGCCAACUGAAGAUACACCACUUAACAAUAUUACGGAUACGAAUAUAGGAAGUACGUUUGCUACCAAUGUAGGCACCGGCAAAGCUACUAUAAUAUCCAAUGAAAUCAACAUGAACUUUGGUUUGCCAUCAAAGGAACAAGAAAAAAAGCAAACAACAACUAGACUAUCACAACUAGAUAGUAAUAAUAGUAAACUUGAAAGUACAAAUAGUAGCAAGAAUAAUAAUAACGUUGAAAUACAAAAUAUUAACCUUAAUGGGACUAUUACUGAGAUUAAAAAAGACAGCAUUAACUCUUUUGGUAGCGGCCAUAACACAAAUAAUAACACGAAUAUACCGACACCGAAAUUAGAUAAUGUACCUUUCAGCCAUGAUAAUACUUGUAAUAAGUUGGAUAUGACUUCUGCUAAUAAUACCAGUAAUAAAAUUAAUAAUAUUCCAAGAAACUAUGCAAUAAAUACUAAUUUUACUAGCGCUAGUAAACCUAUAAUUGCAAAACCUGUUAGAAAAGCGCCUCCUAUUCCCAACCAGUUAAAAUUUAUGCCACAACUUAAUACUACUAUCGCUAUGAAAAAUAAUCACAGUAAUAGUAGUAGUAAUGAUAAUAAUGUUAAGCAAUUUGUUUAUCCGAACGACGGCAUUGUUGGUAUGAGUACCAGCAAUACUGCUCCAAGUGCAGCUGCUUUUGAACGAAUGAUGAACAGCAAUAAUAACAUUACUGUUAACACACAGGUUCCUUCCAUAAUACAUACCGAAGCAAAAGAGCAUACGGCUAUCCCAAACACUAGUACAGCAGUUGCUAACAACAAGAACACUGGUAAUGUUAUUCGUCCAAAAGCUAACAAUGAAAAAUUGACCAAAAAGCCUAGUUUGAGCGCUAGACGUGGGUUAAAAUUAGACUUUUCAAAAUUGGCACCUGCACCUUUAGGUAAAUCAUCGAAUGGUGCAUUGGCUACUAAUGUUAACCAAAACCACACACAUCAACAUAUUCCAAGCAGUAUUAUUAAUACCAGUAACAAUGGAAACACCGGUGCUAUUAAGAUAGGUGAAUCCGAAACUACUGUUAGUGGCAAUAAUAGUCGGUUGCCCAGGAAUUUAUUAAGAUCUUCCUCGCCGAUGACUUUGGCUACUGCUACUGUAGUGAGUAAUGGUAGUAAUAGUGGCAAUUCUCUAAGUUCAAGCGAUGGUGAUGGCAGUACUAGUAUUGGAUCUACCGGCAAUUCUAAGGGGAAGGGGAGCAAUAGCCGUGGUAGCACAGGUACAAAUGGUCUUUUUGCCAAUUUUUCCAAGUACGUGGAUAUUAAAUCGGGCUCAUUAAAUUUUGCGGGCAAACUAUCUCUAUCUAGUAAAGGGAUAGCUUUUUCAAAUGGAUCAUCUUUUAGAAUAACCUUAGAUGAGUUGGAGUUUCUGGAGGAAUUAGGGCACGGUAAUUAUGGGAAUGUCUCGAAAGUGUUACAUAAACCUACAAACAUUCAAAUGGCUAUGAAAGAGGUUAGAUUAGAAUUGGAUGAAGCCAAGUUUAGACAGAUUUUGAUGGAAUUAGAAGUUUUGCACAAGUGUGUAUCUCCAUAUAUAGUUGAUUUUUAUGGUGCAUUUUUUAUUGAAGGUGCCGUCUAUAUGUGUAUGGAAUACAUGGACGGUGGUUCGUUAGAUAAAAUUUAUGAUCCUGAUGUGCACUUGGGUGGAAUUGAUGAACCUCAAUUAGCUUACAUUGCUAAUGCGGUAAUUAAUGGGUUAAAAGAGCUAAAGGAUAACCAUAACAUUAUUCAUAGAGACGUCAAACCUACCAAUAUCUUAUGCAGCGCAUCACAAGGCACUGUUAAGUUAUGUGACUUUGGUGUUAGUGGGAAUUUAGUAGCAAGUUUAGCCAAAACCAACAUUGGUUGUCAGUCGUAUAUGGCUCCGGAACGGAUCAAAUCUUUGAAUCCUGACACAACCACGUACUCAGUCCAAAGUGAUAUUUGGUCUUUGGGGUUAAGUUUGCUUGAAAUGGCUUUGGGACAAUAUCCUUAUCCACCAGAGACCUACGAUAACAUCUUUUCUCAGUUAAGCGCUAUUGUCGAUGGACCACCGCCAAGAUUACCCAGCGAUAGAUUUAGUAGGGAUGCACAAGAUUUUAUAUCUUUAUGUCUACAUAAGAAUCCUGAAAGACGACCAACUUAUGCCUCUUUAUUGAAACAUCCAUGGUUGCAGAAAUAUGCAAAUGUUGAUGUUAAUAUGAAUGAUUAUAUCAGUGAUAGGUUGGCUAAAGCGGAUCAAUAUUUAAAAGAAAUCAAUGAUUCAGACGAUUAUGACAAUGAUAAUACCAAUGUAAGCGGUUCACAACGGCAACGAGAACUCCUAUUACCUGCACUACAUAGGGGUGGUGCUAAUAAUUUUUGA